AUGAUGAAAAUGCUGCUGUAUGAAAGCAUCAGAGGGGAACAGAAAAGAGAAGAUAAAGACAAAACACUGAGUAAGAAUGUAAUAAAUGAAAAUAAAAAAAAAUAUGAUAGGCAUAAACUGAGAGCCAUUUUGAGGAAAUACAUUCGCCAUAACAAUAGACUUCUGAACUACCACAAAUAUAAAGAAGUAAUAGAUAAUUUUGAACCUUUUAAGAAUGUUUUCAUUAUUUAUAGCAAUAGUUUUUUCAAUAAAAAUAAAAUUUUUAAUUAUAGCUUUCGAUAUUCUAAAAUUUUAAAGAUACUAUACUUGAACGAGAAGGGAAAAAGACUCAUAUAUGGAGAUAGCAAUUAUAUGAAAGAAAAUACCCUAACACGAAAUAAGAAAGGUAGAAACAAUGAAAAAAUAGGAUUAUUACUAGAUGAGAAGAAGAUUUCACAUGAAAAUAAUUCUAAUGAAGAUAAAAAAUAUGAAGUUAUUAAUUUUUUUUAUAAUUUAAAAAAAAGUGAUUUUGAAAAAUUAGACAAAGUUAUUGAUAAUAGUCGAAUAACUUUACCAUUAUUUAGCUAUUUCGAUAUAUAUCUAUUUAGUAAUAACAAAAAAUUAAAAUAUGAAAUUAAUAAAAAUAAUAUUAAAUAUAUUGAUAUAAAUUCGAUAUUAUAUUACCUUUACAUCCCUGUCAUAAUUUCAUACAUCCACCUUAAGGAUUUUCAUAAUGCUAAAGUUAGAUUCUAUGAAUACAUUUACAUGAAAAGGAAAUUUAAACAAAUAAAUAAAUACUGUUCUGAAAGUGAAAAAAGGAAAUUAAAAUUAACCACCUUAAUUUCAUCUCAGCUUAAAAAUAAAAUAUAUAAUUACUAUGACACAUUGUUGUAUGAAAAAAAAGCAUCAUCUCCCUUGUCUAAGGGAAAUGAUGAAAAGAUGAAAAAAAGUCUUAACAAAACUAAAACGAAAAAUGAUAAUAAAAUUAAAAUAAAUAACGAAAUUAGCAGAAAAAGUAAAAAAAAACAAAUCACAACAAUUAAUUGUAAUAAUAGGGGCGACUCGCAUAAGAAGGAGCGUCUAUGGUAUAGCAGCACUUUUGCAUUUAAGAAAAGUAAAAGGAAAAAUUCUUUUUUUUCACCAAGUGAUUGUAUCGUCGAUUAUGACAGCUCACCAAUUAAUCUCACAAACGGGUUAAAAGAUACAAAGGAGAAAAUCUACGUAUCUUCCGUGAAAGAUUUUAACAGAAAGGAAAGUAAAAUAAAGCAAGAUAUAUUUAAAGAAAGUACUAUUUCUGAAGAGAGAAUUGUCGAAUGUAUUACAAAAGAUGAAAUUGAAAAGAACGACAUUGGUAAGUGUCAUAGGAGGGAUGGGUAUGAAGAGGGAGAUAAACAAGACGCGCACUCAGAUUCUGGAGUGACCAAGGAGGAAAAUCUUUGUUUUAAGAAGAGAAAUAUUCAUUUCCAUUACACAUGUAAAAGGAGAAUCCAUAAACAUGAAAAAAGAAAAAAAAAAAAAAAAAAAAGGAAUGAAUAUGAAUAUGAAUACUUAAGCAUUGAUGAAUAUUUACUAUUCCUAAAAAUAAAACAUAAGGAGAUAUCACUAGAAAGGUUAGCAGAUGUUGUAAAAAAUAGUCCUUUAGAAGAAAAAAUAUGCAGAAUAAAGAAAUUCAGAAAUAUAAUGAAUAUAGAACAUAAUGAAAAAAAAAAUGUAUAUAAGAAAGAAAAAAUUUUAAAGAAUUUGAUAAAAAUUAAGGAUAAAAAAUAUUAUUUCUAUAACUACUUUUUCGAUGUCUUAAUUUAUUUUUCGUAUUUUAAACAAAUAAACAUUAUAGAGGGUAUAUUAAUUAUGGCUCUCAUGUAUAGCAAAUUGAAUUUUUUGAAUAUUUCCAUUUAUAUAUAUAAGAAUGUCUAUUUGUACUUUUACUACAUUUUCGAUAGUUAUCAAAGAAAGUGGAAAACCUUCGAUAUAAACCACAAAAUGAAUAAAUUGAACUCGUUCAGCAUAAGAGACAAUGUACACGGAGAUGUUGCAUGUGCAAAGCACUCCAAUGAAAUAAAGGAUGAAGUUGCAAAAAUGAAAAAAGAGAGAAAAAAAAAAAAAAAAAAAAAAAAAAAAAAAAAACAAACCACAUUGGUGACAAGCAGUGGAGAAUUCCUUAAAAAUUGUAAACAGGAUAACAUUGAAGAGGGGAAGCUUUGCCCGAUCCGAUCGUACAUUAGCGGGGCUGCUACAAGUGCUAGCAAAUGUUUUCAUGAAAACGACAGUACCAAUGUCCCCCAUAGCAGUAACUGUAUUGCUGGAGAAACGGGAAGAUUAGAUAUUCAAGGUAAAGCUAAUCAAUUCAAUGGGAUGCAUACACAUUAUAUGAACAAUGGAGAUGAUGACAAUGAUAAUGAUAACUAUGGAACAUGUAGCAUGUACGACGAAUCUGUGGUAUACAUAUUUAACAAUUUUGUGAAUCAACUAAGAAACAAUAGCAACUUUUAUUUUAUAACAGACUGGCAAGAGGAGAAUUUUUACUCUAAAUAUCGAAAUUAUUCCUUCUUAAAUAAUUCAUUUAACUCACCACACUUAAAUUAUAUUAAUGACAUAGUUGUCGAAAGUAUUAUAAAGAAUGCUAUAUGUUUUAGUUACAAGUAUAUUUUUAACGGAAUAAAAAAACAUAUUUUAAUUUACCUUAAUUUAAUAAAUUAUAUAGAAACAAAAUAUAUGUUUUAUCAAAAUAAUUAUAAUAUAAAAAAUUUAAUUUAUCAUUUAUAUUUGGAUAAAAUCAUUAAAUGUUAUGACAGUAACCUUUUCACAUAUGAAAAAAACUUGUAUGUACUAAAAAGAAUUAUUUUUUUAGAUAAUAACAUAAAUUUGUUUCACAUAAAUGAGAAUUAUUUAACGAAUGAAUAUUGUCUAAAAUCAUUAUUUUUUAAAAUAUAUCUUAAUCUUUAUAAAAAUGAAUCCAUACAUUUCCAAGACAAAACUAUAAAGGGGGUCUUUCGAUGUUUACCCACAAAUAAUGAAAUCUCCAUUAUUGAUGAAAAUAAUUUAACAUACUCAGAAAUAAUCUAUCAAUACAGAAUUAACAUACAGGGGGACAAUGACCAAGACAACAUACUACACUCUGAAAUAAAUUUAAAGAAGGAAAGAAAUUGUGAACAACUGAAGCCAGAGGAAGAUAAACUUGCUUUUCCUCACAUAGGAAUGUCUUAUUCCUUGUCAGAGAAUAAAACAAAUGGAACAAAUGUUACAUCUAAAAGCAAUUGUGUUGAAGGAAAUUAUCUGUUGAAUUGCAACUCACUAAAUGUCACUUUCGCUGAUUCCAAUUACAAAUUGAACAGUAGACAGGAGCCUAAUUACUGUGCACAAAAAAGUUAUUUAACAAACAGUAGUAUGCAUAUGCAGAAGAAGGAAGAAUAUAAAAUUGAACAUGCAUAUAAUGUGAAUAAUAACAGCAAUAGGGAUGAUCAUAAAUUGUUUAUCAAUUGUAAUUAUCAAAAGGGGGUGAAUAAUUGCCCUUAUAGCCAUACCUUAUCAUCUGAUGGAGGAAUAUUUGAUAAUAAGAAAAGGUACAACUCCGAUGUUAUUUUAAUGAGAUCAGAUCCGAUUAACAACAAUAUCCUAUCGAUAGAUAAUUUGAACUCAUACUUUUCUAAUAAUGUUAAUGCAAAGAGAGAAUGUGCUUAUAACGAAUUGAACAAGUACAAAUCGGAAAAAUUGAGACAUGCCUCGUGCGAUAAUUUAGACAUAAAGGAAAAAAUGGUUAAUACAAGUAUCCAAAGAAAGAAUGAUAAAUUUAUUGAAACCAUUUUUAAAAAAAAUAUUAAUAAAAAUUUAUUUGGAAUUAAUAAAAGUAUAAAUGCAGAUAAUACGUACGAUGAUGCUAAUGAUGGUAGGAAUAAUUUUAAGAAUUAUACGUUAAAAAAUUUUUUUAAUUUUCCAAAUAAUGAAUUAAAAAUAUUAAUUUAUAAUUUUUUGUACUUGUACAUUUUUGAUGAAUAUAUAUACAUCAAUACACAUAAAAAGGACAUAAAUGAAUAUUUCAAUUUUGUAAAUGUGUUAAAAAAGAAACAAAAACUAAGGUACAACUUUUACAAUUUUUUAUGCAAAUCGUACAAUGAUAUUGGAAAUGAAAUAUCUUGCUACAAAAAAUACCUGAAAGAAAAGUAUUUAAAUAAAAAUAAAAAAAAGGAUAAUAACAAAAUGACGUAUAAUUCCAUGUUUGGAGAAAAGACAACCAUUCCUGAUAAUAUGAAAAAAGAUAUGAAUGAGAAAAGUAAAAUGAAAAGUUCCAAAAAAUUGUCAAAGAAAGGGGAAGAUUAUAAAAUUACUAGAGAACACAAAAAAGAACCCCCAUCCCCAAUGACCUCCAUUAUCCUAUUAAAUAAUAAAAAAAAAAAUUAUAAUUCUAAAAUUAUAAAUUUGUUGAGAGAUACAUAUAAAAAAAAUUUCAUUAAUUAUCAUAUGAAAAUAAAUAUAGAAAAAUAUGAACACAUUUAUUUCCUUUUCAUGAUAACGGAAAUGUUAUCAUUCAUAUUCUUACCAUAUAUCAAUAUGCAUUAUGCGUUUACAUACAUCAAGUGUUAUAAAAAUGGGAAUGAUAAUAAGUUUACCACUAUUGAAAGAUUUAGACAAGAAAAUAGAAAUCUAUUAUGUGAAGGAGAUAGUCCGAAUGACACUGAAGAAAUGAACAUAGUUAUUAAUCACCAACAGAAUCGUACACAUAUACGAAGCCGCACAAACAAACGAAAGAGGUUUCUGAAAGAUGAGAAGAAGGGAAUUUCCACAAGUAUUUAUAACAUGUUCAAACUGGAUAAAGGAAAAAACUUAUUUAAUUUUUUAAAUAAAGAGAAAAAUAAUUAUUCCGAUUCUGAAGAUAUUAGGAAUAGAAAAAUAUUUUAUAGAAAGAAUACCCUAAGUAAUAUUAAAAAUGAGACAGCUUAUAUGCAGAAAUAUUCUCUAUUCAAUGAGAAAAGAGAAAAAUGGAAAGACACACUAUUCAUCAAAUCUAACCCAUUUGAACUGAAAAAAAAAAAAUAUAAAAAAUAUAGUCACCACAUGGAUGACAAUAAUUAUUAUAUAACUUUAUGCAAUGUUCAUCAAGUUGUACAGCAAAUUAGAAGAAGCAAAAAACGAUUAACUUUGCAAACAAAAAAUUGUAUUGAAAAUUUUAUCCUUUAUAAUGAAUAUUAUCAAAUUGAUACAUAUGAAUUGAAUAAAAAAUUUCAUAAUAAAGGAAAAUAUUUCCUUAUAAAAAAAUAUGAAAAAAUUAUAGCCCUUGCCUUUUACACACGUUUUAAUACUUAUUUGAUAUUUUCCCUAUAUCAAAGGAUAGCAUUACUGAAUUUUCUUUACUCAAAUUAUCAUUUGGUCAUUUCAAUUUUAAGAUAUAUUAACCAUGUACACUGUAAAUUGAUGAACCAACAUUCGAACAAUCGUUUUUUGUCCACACAGAGAUCAAGAAUGAAGUGUGAUAGGGAACUCAAUUUAUCUAAUCAAGGUAAUAAAAUGAAUACAGAGCAAGGUGAAAGGGAAAAAACAUUUUUCAUGGCAGAUAAGCAAGACUAUACAAAUUAUUAUCAUCCCUUCUUCUAUAUGAAAGAUGAAGAUAUUCCCUAUGAUGAUUACAUAAUUAAUACAUACAGUACGAAUUAUAUAUAUGAUAAAAAUAAUGCACAAUAUGAUAAAAGUAACACAAUGACAUCCUUAAAAACAUUUUAUGAAAAUUUAGGUUAUAUAAAAUCCUUCCGAUUUUCCAUUUUCUUCGACAUAUUUUUUGAGCUAAAGGUAAAUUUUAACCAUCUUAGAAGUGCAUAUAUAUGCGUCCAAAAUUCUUUGAAGUAUUUAUUCUUCUUUUUGAAGAAUUCCCACAAAUUUAACUUGAUCCUAGAUGUGCACCCGAGAAAGGGAAAACGUGGAUUCAGAUGUGAAAUUGUUAAUGAAACGACAAGUGACUUAAAUAACCAUUCUGAUAAAAAAGAAUAUAUUCCACAUGUCAAUCGAAACAAUAGAAACCAAAACGAAACAUGGAAAGUAAAAAAUAUAAAUUUACAAAGGCUCCCCACGAUAAAUUGUACUAGUGGUGCGAUGACUUCAGGAAAGUUUUCGCAAAAUGAAAGGAGGAAAAGUACUAUUGAACAUUCAAAUUUAACAUGCAACGAAUGGGAUGCACAAGAUAAAGAACCGUUUUAUGAUACAAAAUAUAGAAGGCCUGUGGAUGAAAAUUACGAAUUUGCUAACAAUAAUAUAUGUCCAAAUGAAAAAUGGAAUUCUGAUAAUGUUCAUUAUGAUGAUUGUUAUUUAGAAAAUAAUAAUUCGUCCAAUAUUUCUAGUCCAUAUUUCAAAAAGGAAAUUUUUGGCACGAAUAAUGAAAAUAAAAGAAAUACCUUAACCAAAUGGAUAGAUGAGGAAUGCCAUAUGUUCGUUCCUAAAAAUGAUAUAAAUAAAUUAAGAAGUAGUAAACUGUUUUAUAUUAUUGGGAUAUCAUUACUAAAGCAAUUGAACACGAACUAUUAUUAUGACAAUAUAAAAGAAAUAAACCUAAUUUAUGAAAAUGAUUUGAUAAAUAAAAAAAUAAAUAUAAGUAAUCUUUUAAAAAAUAAUUACACAGAUGUGUUAAAUUUGAGUUACAAAUAUAUUAUUAAAAGUAUUAAAACAGAUUCUAAUAGUCUCUUAAGUUAUUACUAUCUUUGUAUCAUUUACCUAUACAAAUUAAAAAUUAAGAAAUGUAUAUAUAUAUGUAAAAAUUUCUUGCUCAAAAAUUCCCACAACUCUUAUGCCUUCCCAUUCUUUUUAUUAAAUAUAAUAGUAACCAGUUCGAGGUGCAUUCAAAUGGAUAUAUAUUCUGCACGAGCAAGGAAAAACAUAUACAAUGAUAUUACUUAUUUCCCAAAAAUGUUUCAAAAAAGAAAUACGCGUGAUGAUUAUGCCAAGUCAGCUACCAGUUAUAAUCAUAAAAAUUAUGACAAGGAUGAUUUGUUCAUUAAAAAUUCGAACAUUUUUGACAGAUACGACGAAUAUUAUAAAGAAUUUCUUAAUCAGCUAAAAUUCAGUGUCCCUAAAUUUUACCAUUCUAUUUCAAGUCUGAACAAUAUGUUUGAUGAAGAUGAUGAUGCUGAUAAUAAUAAUGAAAAUAAUAAUGAUAAUAAUAAUGAUAAUAAUAAUGAUAAUAAUAAUGAUAAUAAUAAUGAUAAUAAUAAUGAUGAUGAUAAUGAUGAUGAAAAUAAAGGUGGAUAUAUAAACCAUUUUUGCAACUUUGGGAAUUCUAUUAAUUGCAACGAGCCCUUGAAAAAAAUGCACUAUGCCAAUUUGAAAAAAAAUAAAUAUGUUUACGAAAGAGAAUCUAAUAACAAAAGUAAAUAUGCAAGUGAUACAGAAGAUGUACUCAAAAAGGAGCGUGUUGAUCAGCAUGAUGAGAAACAUAUGGACAGGAAUUUUAAAAUAAUAGAAAGAAUAUCUCCAAAGUCUAAUAGUACAUGUAACAAAUUGAAUGCACAAAGUAUAACAUACACGCCACAUUAUAUGCACAGCGAUGGUAAUGCCCAAAGUAGAUCACUUAAUAAUGAAUGUUUUCUAAUUCUUACCAAAGCUAUUAACUUUUUUCCAAAUAAUUUUUUUUUUUUUUACAUAUAUUUGUAUUAUUUAAUUAAUUUUUUUGUAAUGUAUGAUGUUUUAUUUUGUUGGGAAAAAAAUACAGAAGACAAGAAGAAAAAAAAGACUUGUCCAAAUACUCAUUUGAACAAUUCAUUAUUGAAAAGAAUUUCACAAAAAUGCAACUUACAAUCCAUCCCAGAUACAAACCAAAUAACUUUAGAUUAUUUCGAUUCUUCGGGUGAAGGAAAAAAAGGAGAUACAAAUCUUAACCAUUUGUAUAACGCUAUAUUCGACUCAGACGAAAUGAAUAACGAUGAUAAUGAAAAAAUUUAUUCAAGUGAUGAAACUGAAAAAGGUAACUUUCUAAAUGGAGAUAGUAAUUCGAUUCGAUUAUUUUCUAAUGUGCCAUUUAAUCUUAACAAGUUUACGAACUUGACUAAGGGGAAGAAAGCAGGAAACAUAAUUUUAACAAAUACUAUUAAGGAAGAAAUUGACAAAAUUCAAACUUCCUUAAAAAUUUUGGGAAAAAAAAGCAACUCCAUAGGUAUGGAGUCUAGAAAUAGAGACACCAAAUAUUCAGCUCAUCGCAGGAGGAAAGACAAAGUAUCUGAGAUUACCCUGAAUAGUGGAACUAUGAACAAUAUGAAUCUUACUACAGUAAAUUGUAAUUGUAAUUCUGAUGCAGUUUAUGAUAAAAAGGAUGGAACAACUCACCAUAAAAAUUUCUUGGAUAAUCCACAUCUUACUGAACGGACAGAUUUUGAUCAGCACAACGAAUCGAGGGAUGUGCAUGUUAAGGUGAAAAACAAGAAAAAUGAGAAAAUUCAAAGUAAGGAGAAAAAUGAAAGAACCCAAAGUAAGGAAAAAAAUGAAAGAACCCAAUGUAAGGAAAAAAAUGAAAGAACCCAAUGUAAGGAAAAAAAUGAAAGAACCCAAUGUAAGGAAAAAAAUGAAAGAACCCAAAGUAAAGAGAAAAAUGAAAGAACUGUAAAUUAUCAGAUUCCUUAUGAUACCUGCUGUUCAAUCGGAAUGAAAAAUAACAUAAAAAGAAGUGAAUAUAUUGACAUUAGCAAAAUAAAUUUGCUACCCUGUGCAAUACCCAUAUUACUGAUAUUAUAUAAAUAUAUCAAUCAAAAAAUUCAAAAAAAAAAAAAUUCUGACAUGUGUAUAUAUUUUUAUCUAAACAAUAUUAUGUCAUCUAUUGAUUUGGAUAAAAUUAAGUGCGAAUUGCAUGAAAAGGAUGAUAGUGAUCCGUUUUACACUGGCGAGAUUGACAACUCUAAUUGUUUCUUUAGCUACUCCAAAAGGAACAAUAAACUGUAUAGCAAGAAUUACGACUUUUUGGAAAAAAAUAAAAGUGGCACGAUUAAUAGAAGCUGCUCCAUGAACAUACCUAGAAGUGUCAACAAUAUUAGAACCCAUAAUUGGACGAGUGGUAAUAAUAAUAUGGAGGAAAACAAUAUCCCUCAUAAUAGUACGAAUAGGAAGGGAUUACGAAAAAUUAGUCUGAAAAAUGUGUACUUGGAAGCAAUCACCUGGAUUAGUUUGAGUGAAAUUUUAAUUUACUUGAAGGUAAGUGCAAAGUUAAUUAUUUAUUUUUUUAACAUUAUAGACACAUAUAUAAAACUUUAUCUAAGUAUAAAUAAUAACAACAAUUAUUACAAUUAUGAGAAUAUUAGUUUUUUUUACAAUUUAACGCACCAAUUUAUGUGCUUGAAAUGCUUAUACUUAUUUUAUUUAUAUGCAAAAUGUAUAAAAAAAAGAAGAAAAUAUUCAGAUAAUCUUUUUAUGAACAGAAAAAGAAUCAGAAUAUAUUAUGUGCCUCAAAUGAUAAUAUCACCUUUUAAGAAUGUGGAAAAAAAAAGGAAAAAGAACAAGUUAUUACUACAUAAAAAAAAUUUAUAUACAAAAAUUCUCUUUUUCGAAAAUGAAUACGAGUUGCAUACUUCUAGAAUGAAAUUGUGUGAUCACCCACAAGUCCGAGUAGAUAACAACUACAUCUACUUCAGUGAUAAAAUAAGUGACAAUGAUUUUAAGUUGCCAUUUCAUAUCAAUCAUAAGAAGGAAUUAAGGGGGAAAUUCUGGCUCUUAUGGAGAAAAACAGAAAAGGCAGACACACAAGGUAGAGGAGCAGAAAAAGGAGGAACAGAAAAAUACGAAAAAAAAAACCUUCCAAGAAGGAACACUGAAAAGGGCAACUCUCCAAAACAGAUCACAGAUAACGGCGUUAAAUGGAAUAUGAUCAGCAAAGGAGAAGUAAACAGCAAAAUGAACAAAAAAAGUAUGAAUAAACUGUAUGCCGAUGAAGAAAAAUUAUUUAAUUCCUUUCACAUUGAUGAUAAGAGUGACCAAAAUAGACAUAAAAAAUAUCAACUUGUAAAAAACAUUAAAAUUUAUAUAUCUUUAAUGAGUAAAAUUUAUUUUAACGAUAGAAAAGUUAACAUUUUGUAUGCAAGGUAUUAUUUUUUAAAAAAAAAGUACCAAAAAGUUAUCACCAUAUUAUCAUUACUAAAUAAACAUUACAAAAAAAAGGAUUACUUCAUUAGAGGAAAUAAAAAACCCUAUGUUCAGAGCGACAAGAAAAAAAAUAUUCAUAAUUCGACUGAGGAAAACACAUACCCUAAUGAGGGGUAUCCGUUUCAUUUAAAUAACCAAACCGAUUUCAUCUAUGAAUAUUUAAAUAUAUAUAUGUAUUACCAGUCCUUUGAAAAAUUACAAAACUAUAGGAAAUCGAAUUAUUACAAGCAUAUUCUAAAUGUCAUUUUUUUAAACUGUCCCCUAAUACCAUUUUCUCUAUUUCCGUUUAUAAAUUUGUGA